AUCAUUCACGCUGCAAAUACACGCCGAAGUAGCAUGUUUCUGCAUUAUUUUGAGCGCAGGAAACCUACUGUUCGACUGUCCCCUCUCUGCCGGUAGAGAUGGCGUUGCCUCCAGCCGGCAUCAAGUGCCCGUCACAUUGUACUCACAUUCACAAGGUCACCUGAAGGAAGGACUGCUGCAUCCCACACAACACGCUCAAUUCUCCCUUGUGUGACAAGCUCCAGCCGCCGGCCACCGUCCAACCCGACUUCACGCUCCAACUUCAAAAUGCAAGGCUUCAAUAUGGGACGUUACGUCCCGCCGGACCUCGAAGGCACGGUCUCAUUCAACCAAGCCUCGGGCAAGGGCCACGCGCUGGGCAACCGCGCCCGCAAACUCCAGACCGAAGGCAUCCUGACCGUCCGCUUCGAAUGCCCCUUCGCCAUCUGGUGCACGCACUGCAGCCCCGAACAGAUCAUCGGGCAGGGCGUGCGGUUCAACGCCGAGAAGAAGAAAGUGGGCAACUACUUCAGCACGCCGAUCUGGAGUUUCCGAUUCAAACACACUCUCUGCGGCGGGGCGAUCGAAGUCCGCACCGACCCGAAGAACGCGGAGUACCUGGUCGUCGAGGGCGGACGCAGAAGAGAUACGGGUGUCGACAAGGUACUCGAUGGCGAGAUUGAGAUUACGCGGCGCGUGUUGUCGGAAGAGGACAAGGAGCGCUUUGAAAAGGAGGGCGGGUUUGGUGCACUCGAGAAGAAGGUCGUCGACAAGACUGCGUUCGAUAGUCAACGGGCCCGGCUGGAUGGCUUGCUGAAAGAAAGCGAGCGGCACUGGGCGGACCCCUAUGAGAAGAGUAGGAAGCUGCGUGCCGAGUUCAGGGUCGGCCGGAGGAAGAGACAGGCUGAUGAGAGGACGGGCGAUGCUCUGAAAGAGAAGUUCGGCCUGGGUGUGGAGAUGUUGAGCGAGGCGCCCGAGGAUAGCGACAGGGUCAAAUUCGUCGAGUUUGGACAGUCCGACGAGGCUCCCAGCUCGUCGAAGCCUAUGUUCAGGAACUUCAACGGUGACUUACCUUCCCGAUUGAAAUCCAGCGCGAAGCUGGACAAGAAAGAGGCGCUACAGAGUCAAUUGGCCGGAAAUACGAGGAUUGCUACGGAUCCGUUCCUGCGAGAAGGAGACAUCUGGCAGCCUAGAGUCAAGCGGAAACGAGACGAGGUUGAGGUUGAACAGAAGAAGACCGCCAAAAUGGACGGGUUGGCGUUGAUCGGUUACAAUUCGGAUUCUUCAUGAUACCCCGGACACUUGAGUCCAUUUGUUUAUCUACUUCUCGCCACGAAAUGGCCUUUUCAGCUGCUCCGGGUUGGCACCGGACAUUUCACUGAUGGCGCAUCUAUCUCAAGGCCAUAUUUGACAAGAUCAUCAGUAUGGAAUGGAAUUGGCGACGACACAUGUUGGGAGAGCAUAUUCAUCAUUCCACCCUCUAGACUAUCUCACGACAAGAAGAAAGUCUUCAUUGCCCGUGGCUCGAUAGUAGCCAUGAAAGUCCUACCAAUCUGCGUCUGUCCGGUCAUCGUAACAUUGUGCUCGUUGUUUGUCAGAUACGCUGUUGCCAUCGUUGCAUUGAUCCCAGUCAGGUCGAUCGACAAUUCGUACGGGAAGUGCGCCUCAUUGAUCAC